AUGACCAAAUGCACUCUAGAUGAAAUCCAUGAUUUGUAUAUGAAGCGCAAGUUUGAGCAGAUAAAGCAGGAGAGGAUGAACCACUACCAGGACGUGAACCUGUAUGUGAAGAACCUGGAUGACUCCAUCGAUGAUGAGAAACUUAGGAAAGAGUUCUCACUGUACGGAGUGAUUACCAGUGCAAAGGUGAUGACAGAGGGUGGCCACAGCAAAGGGUUUUUGUGUUUUUCCUCUCCAGAAGUGGCGACCAAAGCCGUGACAGAGAUGAACCGGCGCAUCAUCGGCACCAAGCCGCUGUAUGUGGUGCUGGCCCAGCGCAAGGAAGAGCGGAGGGCCAUCCUGUCCAACCAGUACAUGCAGCGCGUCUCCACCUUGCGGGCCCUUGGCAACCCCCUCCUGGGCUCCUUCCAGCAGCCCACCAACUGCUUCCUACCUGCCGUGCCUCAGCCCCAGCCCGGCUCUGGCCCCAUCACUCCCAUCCGACCUGCCCCCAGGUGGACGGCGCAGCCACCUAGACCAUCGAUCAACAUUGGUACUCAGACCACAGGACCUGAGGGGGUGGAAGGAGCUAUCCCAUCCCGACAACUCCUGUCCUACAAAUACUCCUCGACAGUCCUCACCUCCCAGCGGCCCCAUGUCCAGGUCCUGGAGCCGCCAGUGCACAGACAAGAACUGCUGACAGCGUCCAUGCUGGCUGCAGCCCUGCAGCAUGAACAAAAGCAGACGAUUGGUGAACGGCUCUACCUUCUUGUUGAAAGAAUCCACGCCCACCUGGCAGGCAAGAUCACUGGCAUGCUGCUUGAGAUUGACAACUCGAAUCUGCUGCUCAUGCUGGAGUCUCCAGAGUCCCUCCACGCCAAGAUAGAAGAGGCGGUCGCGGUGCUGCAGGCACACCGGCCCACUGAGCAGCCGACAGAGUACCUGGACUGA